ACCACUAACAUGAUACCACUAGCGCCAUCUUGUGCUGAGUAGCGGAACUUCACCUUAGAACGCACAUCGCGAAUAUAAAGACACCGAGAGAUGGCGCUGACGACUAGAUAGAUGCCGCUAACGACUGUGCAACACCGAAACUAUAAAUAGGGACGGCGAUUUUGUUCGUCAUUCGAUCUUCAGCUGAUCUCUAGUGUAGACGGUUUCCCGGCUCUCUAGUUUAGAUCACUACUGAGUGUUGCGUACGGUUCCCGAACCUUCACUUAGUACCCGGUGUAUCUAGUUGUACCGUUAAUUUAAAUAAAGAUACGAACUUGCUAUCCGGUUAGUUUUACUACUCGCCCUACGCCCGAGCCCCGGUUACAUUCUGGCGUACCAACGUUCGGCCAAGGACAUCCAAGCUGGCGGAUUCCGGGAACGAACCUUCGAUCACUCCCAAAUCAAGACCUUCGCUGCGAGUGGGGCUGAGACCACGAAAACUACACGGACCUUCAAGCAAGAAGAAGAAGAUGACUCAGAACAUAUCCAUGUCCACGGAGCAGUUACAGCAACUAGUGACGUCACUUACGUCGGCGGCACUUCAAGCAGCAGCCGGUGGAGCAAGGAAUACCACGGCCUCGUUUGCGAACGUGUCGUUCUCUUAUGACGGCACUAGAGAGUCAAUGCGUCUUGAAGAGUUCCUGUCAGCUGCUUCAGUCUAUAAGAAAGUUAAUGAUAUGUCAGACGAAGCCGCCAUCAUGAGUCUCCCUCUUGUAUUAAAAGGGGAAGCUUCAACAUGGUGGCAAGGCGUCAAAGAAGGCAUUAGCCGUUGGACUGAUUUUGAGUCAAGACUACGACACGCUUUUGCACCCAAAAUAUCAGGCGUACAAAUAUUCCAAGAAGUAUUCUCACGCAGGCAACCGUCAGACAUGCUAUCCGAAACGUUUAUUGCGAAGAACAGAGCUCUGUUGACCCAACUACGCUCACCGGGUUUGACAGAAGAACUACAAAUAGACGCGAUUCACGGACAGCUGAAUAUAAACAUACGCGAAAGGAUACCCCGCGACUCCGUGACAACUUUCGACCAAUUACUAACGGCGGCUAGGAAUGUGGAACAGGUGCUACGGGAGAGGGCGUCAACAACGCUGUCUACGACCUCAGGCUCGAAGCAACCUUCCCAAGCUAGCAAGAAGCAGCGGUGUGACUUCUGUCGUGCCACGGGCCAUACCGUUGAAGAAUGUCGAAAGAGGAUGAAGCAAAUGGGUGGUCAACCUGGACAAGGCCAACACCCUCCUAAGGAGAUCAAGACUGAGUCUACCCAAGCGCCCUCACCAAGUAUGUCGACGCUCUACUGCUACGGGUGUGGAAUGCCUGGAUACACAAGAAGCAAAUGUCCUAAGUGUAAGGAAGCUCAACCAGUCAAGAUCGAGAAAACUGGCUUCUGCGCCCUAGACAUCAACUUAGACGCUCGCCCGAGAAUGCAAGUGGGGAUUGCAAUCUUCGAUGUUGUUGGCACUGCGUUCGUUGACCCCGGCGCUAAAUCUAGUGUAGCUUCAUAUCAGCUAUACAAAUGCUUGAAACAAAGACAAUGUAGUUUCGCUUCACAAACUGCUAACAUAUCAAUGGCAGACGGCUUGAAACGUCGAGAGGAUGUCAUGUCCAUUACAGUUCCAGUAAAAAUUUGUGAUCGGACUGUACCCACGACAUUUGUUGUACUACCGCACGCCAAAGAAAAUAAGACUUUACUGGGAAUGGGAUUCAUAGAAGAUGCAGGCAUGGUCAUCAACAUACCCCAACGUUCUUGGAAUUUUGUGGAGCGUCCGGAUACUAAUUAUGAUUUCAUCUUGGAAGAACCAGAUAACGUAUCCAUGGCCCAGUUUGAACCUGACCUAUACCCAGGCGUCUUACCCAAGCAUACCCAGCCGACAGAUCGGAAGGAACCCAAAGUCGCGACUGAAGCUCCUUCGUACAACCCCGUUCCUGUCAAACGAUCUCGUCAAGUAUUUGAUGGAUACGAACCAGAGUCACAUCAUUUGGACUAUAUGUUCGCUGACGCAGUACAGUCAAUCGAAGAAUCUGUCGUUACCCUGUCACCAAAAUCUGAGGCACUAUUCACAGGCUACACUGCGGAUGAUAUUGACCUCUGCGCUCUGGAGGUUGGAACGGUCAAGAUGGGUACUGUGACUGACGAACAGAAAAACCAAAUCGAAGAGGUUAUAACGAAGAAUAAGGAGGUUUGCCUGCCUAGCAAACAACCAACGACUUUAAUUGAACACGCUAUCGAUGCUGGCGACCAUGCUCCAAUUGCUGUACCACCCUACCGGCUAUCUCCAGUACGAAGGGAACAGUUGAAAAACGAGAUCGACAAGAUGCUCACCGAGGGUAUAAUCGAACCUGCGUCUUCGCCUUGGUCCGCUCCUGCUAUACUAGUGCCCAAGAAGGACGGAACCUUACGUCCAUGCGUCGAUUACAGAAGGUUGAACGCCAUCACCGUACCGGAUCUUUACCCGAUGCCGCGGAUUGAUGACCUUCUACGUGACGCCAAGCCGACGUUUUAUAUGUCCACUCUGGACUUGCGCUCUGGCUAUUGGCAAGUAAAGGUGCGCGACGAAGACCAGAAUAAAACGAGUUUCAUAACGCCGUUCGGUAUUUUUAAAUUCAUUAGAAUGCCCUUUGGUUUACGGAACGCUCCUGCUACCUUUCAGCGACUCAUCGACCGAGUCAAGGCAUUAGUAGGAGACGUGAGGAUGUUGGCUUACCUGGAUGACCUCAUCAUACUGUCUGAAUCGUUCGAGCAGCACGUUGAGGACUUAGAAAAAGUGUUAAAGGUUCUGAAAGAGAACAAUCUGACGAUCAACCUGGCUAAAUGUCACUUUUGCUGCAAUUCAGUCAAGUAUUUAGGACACGUGAUCACUUCAAGCGGUCUACAACCGGAUCCCACCAAGGUGGAAGCGAUUACCAGCCUACCACAGCCCCGAAACCUCAAGCAUUUGUUAUCGUUCAUACAAACCUGCUCAUGGUACAGGCGAUUUAUUCCGAACUUCUCCAAGGUCAGCGAACCAUUGACGAGGCUAACAAAGAAGAAUGCUCAAUGGGAAUGGAAAGAAGCCCAGGAGAAAGCUUUCAAUGACUUGAAGAGUCACCUUAUCUCUGCUCCGGUCUUGAAAUCGGCGGAUGAAACCAAGCCCUAUAUCAUAAAGGCUGAUGCGAGCAACUACGCAAUCGGAGCCGUCAUAGUCCAGGGGGAGGGAGAAGAUGAGCACCCGAUUGAGUAUGCCAGCAGACUCCUAACCUCCGCAGAAAGGAACUAUAGCACCACAGAGCGGGAAGCGCUCGCUCUAGUUUGGUCACUCAACAAAUUUCGCGGAUACAUUGAAGGCGGACAUGUUACGUUGGUCACGGACCACCAAGCCUUGAAAUGGCUAUUGACGAUUAAAACCCCUACAGGACGAUUGGCGCGUUGGGCUUUGAUCGUGCAAGCGUACAACGUUACGAUUAAGUACGCCCCAGGUAAAACUAAUGUGGUUGCUGAUGCGCUCUCCAGACCACAGUGUGACACCGACACCUCCACCCAGAUGGAAACGGCGACGAUGCCCAACUGUUAG